CAUAGUACAAACUCCUCACUGAACAGCUCGACAAUACGUACAGUUUCAAGCAUGGGACGUCUUCAGUAUUCCUUCGCUGCUUUACUAUCCGUGCUUACGAUCGCCUCGAUCACUGGCACUUCCCUGGCCCAAGAUGAUCAGGGACCGGUAGUAGACAUCCAAGGACUUGGAUCAGUCUUGGGAACCAUGGGAGAGACGGCCUGGACUGGACGACCCAUCUACCAGUUCUUCAACAUCAAGUACGCCGAGGCUCCAGUAGGAGAACAACGCUUCCGUGCUCCUCUCAGUGUGCUUCCCUGGUCUGGUGUCAUGAAUGUCACCGCUCCUGGUCGUGGUUGUCCUCAGCGACGCACUAUUUCUCAGGAUGACCCUGAUGCCGAGGAUUGCCUCACGCUUUCCGUAUACUCCAAUGAUCUUACGGCUAAUCGGCCCGUCAUGCUCUACGUCCACGGAGGUGCCUUCGUGGUCGGAUCCGCUGAGCGAUUCGGACCUGAGUAUUUGCUCGAGAAGGACAUCGUCCUCGUCGUCAUACAGUAUCGCUUGGGUACGCUCGGAUUUCUCUCUACUGGUACCGAGGCUAUCCCUGGUAACGCUGCCAUGUACGACGUGCUCGAGUCGCUUGAAUGGGUAUCCCGACACAUUCGUAGCUUCGGUGGAAACCCAGAGGACGUUACGAUCUUUGGUGAGUCUGCCGGAGGACAUGCAGUUUCCGCUAUGCUCCAUAGCCCCCGGGUUCGCGAGGGACUCUUCAAACGUGCCAUCAUCCAGUCCGGUACCUUGUUCAUGCCCUGGGUCAUCUGUCAGGAUCCUACCGAGGGCGCAUACGAGAUCGCUCGUAUUAUCGGUUGUCCCAUGACGACUCCUGCCGACAUCGAUAACUGCCUUAAGAGUGCAUCGGUCAGUGAUUUGGUGUUGGCUCAAGACGAACACAAGAAAAAUGAGUUCAGCUCUCCAGGAUAUCCCAAAGUUGCUGGAGCUUGUAUCACCGUCGGUGGAGCUCUUGGAGAUGAAAGCUUCAUGCCCGUUCACCCCAGAGAGUCUACCUACUUCCGAGAUGUUGAGAUCAUCUUCGGAAUGAACUCCCAGGAGGGUCUCAUCUUCUUCAACGAAUACUUCCAAUAUGCUUUAGACUCCCAACCCAUCGAGUUCGACUCUCACUGGGACUUCCUGGAGUUUCUCAAGACCGUUAACAUCAAGUUUGGAUCUGGUGCCUUCGUCGAUGCCGUUGUUGGCUAUGAGCUGCUAUCCAAAGCCACCUGGGAGGAGAUGGAUCGUGCUAACUUCUCGGAGAUAGUUCCUCUGUUCAUUGAUGUUGCUGGAAACUUGGCUCUUAAGUACGGAUCCGUCGAGGAGGCUAAUCGAUUCGCUAGAGCGCUUCCCGGACAAGUCUACCUCUACAACUUUGACUACGUUGGUCCGCCGUCUCCAAUGACUCCCGGUUUCCCUUACGAUUUCCCUAACUCAGUGGGUCAUGGCGAUGAGCUCAAGUUCUUGUUCCCCAUGUCAAACGUACUGAACGAAGAACACACCCAAAUGGCUAAGAUCAUGGUGGAUCUUUGGACGUCCUUUGCGAUCACUGGCGUACCUCAGGCCGACAACGUCAUUCCAUGGCCAGCUGUAUCAAGGCCAUUUGGACCAUACUUCCGACUCGUGAACCCUCCGGAGCAGAAAGAGUACUUCGUCAAUGAGCUUACCAACAGUGUUGAAAAGGCCAGAGGACCACGAAAGCUUUCCGUUUCGCCGGCAACCUGCCUGGAUCUCUUCUUAAAUCGGAGCCCCAAGAACUAAGCAAUGAGACCCGCAAGCAUACUCCUCCACUAAACCUAUCCUAAUAAUUUCGACCUUAAUCAGAGGCUCGUCAGUACAAUAAACUAAUAAUCAAGCAUCAUA